AUGAAGGAGGAGUUUUGUGCCGAUUGUAGCGUCCAAGUGAAACCUAAAUGCAAGCAAGGAUACACUUUCAACACAUUAAAAGCAUUCAAUGAUCCUCUUUUAACAAUCAAGAAAAGAAAAUCUGAGGACUUAAGAGAACAAACAAGUAUACCUUCAGCUUCAUGUGGAUGGCAGUUGACUAUUAACUCAGAAUCAUCUUCGGAGCUAUCAUCUCCAGCCUUGCGCUUCUUAGGCUGUUUCGAUGCAACUUUGGAGUCUGUUGCCUUUGUUUUAGUUGAAGAUACUGCAGAAAGUGGUGUCUUUUUUGUAACAGUUGCAGACUGA